UCACAGAAAAAAAAACUCACAAUAUAUUCACAAAAUAAUGAUAACCCUCAAGGCUACUUCCACCAUCGUUCCAAGCAAGCCUACCCCAAGGGGCGUACUAUGGUUGUCUGAGAGCGACCAAAGAAUGCAAUGGACUCAUGCACCACUCAUCUGUAUCUACAAAACCACCGGCAAUAACAAUGAAGAAACAACACUUGAGACUUUGAAAGAUUCGCUAAGUCGCACAUUGGUUCCCUAUUACCCACUAGCUGGUCGACUACACUGGAUUCAUGGUGGCCGACUGGAACUCCAUUGCAAUGCCAAGGGAGCGCAGGUACUUGAAGCUUAUUCAGAAGCAAAACUUGAUGAACUUGGCGACUUUGCACCAACGGAGGCAAUCGAAGAUCUGAUCCCUAAGGUUAAUUAUGGUAGUCCGAUUGAGGACUGGCCCUUGCUGCUGGUGCAAGUCACAAGGUUUAGCUGCCGUGGUCUCUGUGUUGGAACAGCCAUGUCCCACACAAUGGCUGAUGGAUGGUCUGCAGCUAACUUCUUCAACGCAUGGGCAAAGUUGGCUCGGGGAGAUGAACUCGAGGAGAAUGAGAUACCGUUUCCUGAUCACACUAUAUUACGAUCACCUGAGCCACUUAUGCCUCCACGCUUUGAUCAUAUAGAGUUCACAAAACCACCACUCCUAAUAGGACUCACUGAUGCCAAAGAGGUGCAGAAGAAAAAAUCUUGUGCCACCAUAUUGAAAGUCACCAAAGAGCAAGUGGAGCGACUAAAAAAGAAAGCGAACGAGAUUCCUUAUCAGGAAAUGGAAAUGGAGUCGACGCGACCUUAUUCUCGAUACGAAACUAUUGCUAGCCACUUAUGGAGGUGUAUAUGCAAGGCGCGAGGGGGCGAUAUCUCUCAACCAACAAGACUUUACAUAGGGCUCGAGUUUCGCAACCGCUUGAAGCCACCUCUCCCUCCAGGAUACUUUGGGAACGCAGUUCUUCAGACUGUGACCUCAAAUUGUGUCCAUGGAGACCUCUUGGCCAAGCCAUUAAGCUUUGUUGCGGGGAAAUUAAGGGAAGCCGUCGAGCGUAUGACAGAUGAGUAUAUAAGGUCUGCUCUUGAUUUUAUAGCUAGGCAGGAGAAUGUGAGUCCUUUGAGAGAUAGCUUCCACAUUCGUGGAUAUACUGAAACACCAAAUUUCUUAGGUAAUCCCAACGUUUCAUUAGGAAGUUGGAUCAAUUUGCCAUUUUAUGGUAGAGAUUAUGGGUGGGGAAAGCCAAUAUACGUCGGUCCCGGAUUGUUAAAUGAUGAUGGCAAAGCAUUCAUCAUGUCAAGUCCAGCUGCUGAUGGAUCUCUCGUCAUAGCACUCCGUUUGCAAACAGAACACAUGGAUUCUUUUAAGAAGUUCUUCUAUGAGGACAUUUGUUAUGGUGAUGGGACGUAA